AAGCUUCAGUCGAGACGCGUCAGUUCACAGACGACCUCCGUUCCGUCGAAUGUGAGCGGAAGUUUUAUUUGACUGUACAAAAUUUUCGAGUUCUCGCAUCGGGCAACUCGCCGUCAAAAUUGGUGUUUCCCGAAGGUCGAACUGGUGAUCAUGAAAAGUGUGAGAAUGUCCGAGAUCGGCUAGCAUCGGCGGGAAAUCGAGGAACAAGUGGAAAAACGACUCUCGGACGGCGAGGAUGGCGUGCAAAAGUAAUUGCUGUUUUUGAUCGUCGGGGACAGAGAGAGGAUCGCGGAAGGCGCACACGUCCGUGCUGCGAGAGACGAACGAUGUCGGCGAAGCUUCGAGCGAGAUCUGCUCUGCGGGCUUCAAGCGUUCAACUUCGCGGCACGAGAAGAACGAUCGUCUCGUAAGACAGAGAUACGAAGGAAGUCGUCUUAAAAUCGUUGCUGGAGAAACCAAGAUAUAGAAACAAAUUAAGAAACCUGGGGAAGUCUUAGCACUUGCCUUGCGAAGAAGUAUUUUGAUAAAAUAGUGGACGAUUCGCUGCAAGAGUUCGACGAUCGAAUCGGACGCGAUCGUUGGGAAUCGUAUCGUCGUCGAUAAUCGCACUCGACGGCUGAUCUUCGUUGUUCGACGCGUGCUUGUCGCGCUCUACGUGCCCGAGGAGCUCGAGGAUUCGCGAUCAAAGCUGGAGCUGAACCGUGGAAUCGCGAGUCCUUUUAUUCCUGCGUCGAAGUUAGCUUAGUGCACCGAGCGUGUGAAACGCGAUCAAAGUGAAGUGUCCCGGUCUCGGUGAGAUGGCCUUCAUGAUGAAGAAGAAGAAGUACAAAUUCUCGGUGGAGGUGGACCUGGAGGAGCUCACCGCGGUGGCGUUCGUCAACGCGGUGCUGUUCGCCAAGCUGCGACUCCUCGACGGCGGAUCCUUCGUGGACCAGUCGACGAGGGAGGAGGUGCAAGAGCACACGGUCAGAUGGAACGCCAGAUUCGAGUUUCUGUGCAAGAUGAGUGCCAACGCGUCCACCGGUGUCCUCGAUCCGUGCAUCUUGAGGAUAUCCGUGAGAAAGGAAUUGAAGGGAGGCAGGUCCUUCCAGAAGCUCGGCUUCACCGACCUGAACCUCGCCGAAUUCGCUGGAGCUGGACUCUGCAGAACGAGGUGCCUUCUGGAAGGUUACGACGCAAGGCAUCGACAGGACAACUCCAUGCUACGCGUUGCCAUCAAAAUGAACAUGCUGGCGGGAGACAUUCUGUUCAAAGUACCCUCUCCGUCGCUGAAGCAAACGCAACUCGCAGUGCCAGGGGUACCAGGUAUCCCUGGCGUGACUGCCGACGAGGUGGCCGCGUCGGAGAGGUGUACCAACCGAGAGGACUAUGUCUCCAGCGGGUCGUUGGCUGGAAGCAUAGCCAGCGCCAGCAGUGGUUUCGGCAGUCUUCCCAAAAAGAGGCCUGCUCUCUUUACCUCAGAGCUCCUUAGCGGAGCGGAGUCGUACGAUCCCAUGACCCUAAGCGAGAUCGUACCAACAGCUCUUCCAGUGGAGACACUAGCUGAAGCGCACACAGAGUCGGGUCACUCCCGCAACAGCAGCAACACCAGUCAGCUGAGCAAAGGCUCGGGCUACGGGUCGUUGAAUUCCCAUAGUCAGCAUAGUAGGCAGAGCAGUAGUGGUGACAGUGGCCACAUUAGGUCACCCUCCUGGCCGGUAUGGGCUCCGCGCAUUCCCAACCCGUCUCAAGCCCUAUCCACCAACCAGCAGCCCCACAGACCCGACACAUGUCUCGAAUCCACCGAAUCCCCGUCCUCGUCCUCCCUGAUGCUGCUGGACCCACGUAACCGGUUCUGGUCCGCGUCGAGUCCUCUGUCGUCCCGCGACGGGAGAUUGGACGUGCGGAAUUCGUCGAGGGGGAGAACGAGUGUCGUGGCCGUCCCUCUGGCGUCCAACGAUCAGACGUCGUCGUCACGGGCGUCGAGGAACGGUGUCACGAGCGACGACGGUCGUCUAGGUGACACCGACAACGAGAACGCCGUUGACGACGAUGACCACCAGGCGGGCGUGUUCAGGGUACCCGGGCCCCAGGACGUGCCGCGACACUCGCGCAAGAAUUACGAGAGGAACAGCUUCGAGACGCGAAACGAGCUUAACGCCGCAAACUCGACGUCGAAGGACAGAAACGGGCAACAACAGAUUAGUAGCGCCGUGGCCGCGCCGGUCGCAAAGCCGAGAAUCGGUCAGCCAGGUUGGACGAGCAUAUCGAAAACCUGCGACUGCAUCGAGAAAGGCAAGACCAGCCCGGUUUUGCGAUUGGCCGAUCAGGCCAGGGCUGUAUCCUCCCCAGAUCCUCUUCAUAGGCCCGAUAACCCCAGAGCCUCGCUACGUUCCGCAACGACCGCUCAGACCCUCAGGGGUAUUGGCGGAGGCCACCGGAAGUUGCUGGACGGGGCGGGGGGCAAGCUGGCUACGGUCGCCACCAGCCCAGCGGACUCCGAGGAGUCCUCCUUAGGGGUACCGGAAGUCGCUCCACCGAGCUCUCAGCACCGAAACAGCAUAACCCCACCAAAUCCAUCCGGCGGCUCGGGUCUCAGCGAAACGGGAUCUUUGGACCGAGCAAAGGCCGCGUUGGAGCGUAGGAAAAAGGCUGAGGAUGGCACAGGGAAUCCCGUGUUGUGCAGGGUCGAAGUGACCAGGCCGAAUGCGGACUCUCUCAUCGACGAGCUAAUCAAAGCAACGAAUUUGGAGCAGACGGAUCUCGAGAGCUCCGAAACGACAGGGCUUCAGCUGUUCAUCGCGAAGGAUGGUACGACAGCGCUCGGUAACCACGAGGUGAAGAGCCAGAUGCCCGCCGGUGUGUUCAAGCAGGUGGUGAUGGAGGAGAAUAAUAGGUAACACGAAGCUAUCGCGACGAGGAGGCAGUACGCAAGACAGGCCAGCGCCACGUUCUCUUUGGCUCUGGUGCCAGAGCUCGUCUACGAGGCCUGCGAGCCCCGGUAGUUGCGAGGACAACGAUACGAUAUGCCAGACGAGGGAAUCGUCGAGACGCAGAACACCGACGAAACGCAACGCGAAUGCAACCCCGACGACCGUCGCCUAAUUUAUCAUUUCAGUUGGCGUAGCCGUAUCCUGACGACGUUCGGUGCUUCACGGGUUUCCCAGGCAUGUCGAACCGAUCGCUUAUUUUUCGAAAACGACCAGUCCCCGUUUAAAAUAAAACUCAGGAACGCUUCGUUCAAUCCGUGAUCCGCAUAACCUCGCGAUAAAUUAGCGAACGCAAGUUAUACUGAUAUGAAUCAGUGUUGGGAAAAAUCUAAUCGACGUUUAACAAUACCGACUAAUCAGCAAUUGUGACCAUCUAUAAGUUAUUAAGCGGUCGCGAUUAAUCGCAAAUCGUUUGUUGAUUAAUCUGACAAUUACGAGUGUUGAUUACAAGAUUUGUCGUUCUGUAUUAAUUACAGGGAUCAUCUAUGCUACGUGACUUGAUGAUCGAUUAUCUCAUGAUAAUUUCAUUCACGACAAUAUAUAUAUUCUCAUGGAUGACGCUUGUUCGGUUGACUACGUCAAUACUCAAAAGAAUUUUUCGACUUUUUUGCAGUUACAAAGGCUUUGCCAUCUCAUAAACACCGUUUAAAAUUAUCAUCACAAAUCUUUGUUUUUCUCGUGUUCAAUCGAUUUACGUUUCAGUCGAUCGUGUUGAAGGGUGAUUGCCUGGUAGCCUCGAACGGUGUGCUGCGAGGCAAAUGAAUGCAGGAGUUUGUAGGUAGGUAAAUAAAUAAUCUAAAAAAUGUCAAAAUCCACAGACCGCGGGCGGGCCGAAUUCAUUUUGGCUCAAAGGGCCAAUUACAUUUCGCCGCUGAAAAUAUUUUAAAAAGUAUAUCCCCUUUAAAAAAAAAAAAAAAAAUAAACAAUAACUCCCGUAGAAAUAAGUGAAAGUUGACGAUUAUUUAUAAAAUGAUACGAGUACUGUAAUUCCUUUAAAGGCAUUCUUUGUAUUUCAAAACUAUCGACACGAAUCUAUAGUCCCAAAGAUAGGCAAAAAAAUGGAGAAUCAAGGAUUAAGCGAGACACAAGAUGUGACAGACCUCUCGUUUGACAUGCCUGGGAUAAAACUUAAACGAAGAAUGUCUCGUUUUCCCCGUGUAACCGGUCGAUCGUGUCCCGAUUUAGUCUUAAAUUCGGGCGAUCCCCAAUCCGUUGACUCUGUUCAGGAUCCAAGACUGUGAUCGAAUGUUGAACAAGCGCGAAGGCCAAAACGCUUGGCGAGGAGGGAGGUGAUAAAGUGCAGGCAUGAACGAAACUGUUCCUUAGACAUGAAUGACGGAUAUCAAAUAAAGUAUAAACGGUCGUUCGAUAAAAAUUAGACAAUGAAAUAUUUUACGAUGAACGAUUCAAAGUUUAACGGUCGAAUCGAAUAAACGUCACGAAUAAAUUAUUCUUGUCUAUAGUCUUAUUCGUCAUCUUUAUUCGAAGUUUCGCUCAUCCCUGGUGGGAACGCCUCUGCGGUAAGGCGCGAGAGUCGGGGUCGCGUUCGAGCGAGGAUUCGAAAGAUGCGUGUAUUUUCUUCCGCGAAGUCGAGGCACAAUGAUUCCCCCUACGAGCGUGCUUCGAGGAGAAACGUUUAGUGACUAAACUUUAGUCGAUAAUAUUUUAGAGACUACGGUGUCCCGAGGACACGUAGCUGUACAAAGGAGCGAAGCGAGAAAUAUAAACGUUACGGAGAUACCAGUGUUGGGCGGAGUGUGAUCAAAGUUGCGAUUGAAACGAUCGCUCGCUACGAUUGACGAUUGAAUUAAUCGUGAGUUGAUCAGAGAAUAACCAUCGAUGUAGUCAACGAUGGCUGGUAUAGAACUCGUAGCUUUCUUUCUCCCGAUUAUCCCUACGAUCUGCUUGGAUAUAAUUUUUGUAUUUACGUUCUCUUUUUUUUUCUUUUUUUUUUUUUUUUUUUUAAUUAUUUAGCGACAGGAGAAUGAUGGUAAAUGUUUCGUGUAUGUAUUAUUUGUUGAUAGGACGGCACAAGUGAGAUCGCAUAACAUUUUGAAAUAUAUUUAUUGAGACACACACACGUACGCAUAUACACAUUGAAAUGUAUUAUAUCAUCUCACUGUAAUUUUCUCUGUUAUCAAAUAAUACCCUUGUGCAACGAAUAAACCAACGAUGCCUCGCAGGCGACAUACGAUUAAUUUGGCCAAUCGAGGAUUACAUCAGUUAGAAUCAGGUAUUCGAUACAAAAUUGAUACCUCGUGAUCGACAAAGAUACAGUCAAGAUCGUUCGUUCGAUACCGAUUUUUCCUUCCAAUUUGACAUUCUAUUUAUGGGUGGACGAUAAAGUUACGACGCGUCGAGGUGCUCCAUCGUUCAAUUUAUAUAUUCUUUUCAUAAGUCGAAAACAGAUGUCAGGUUCAUGUAUCAUAAAUUCGCUUCUCAGGAGAUAGGUGAUAAAUCAAUGUUUUCAACGUGAUGGAAGAAAAAUUAAGACAUCAGCGCAGUCAAUUAUUUAUGAAAUGCGAAAAAAUUGGUUUUAGUACUUUUGCUCGUCGAUGCAUAAGAAUAGAUAAUAUACUCUUCGACUGUUGCGUAAGAUAAUUCGUAAACGACUUUCCAGCGCGCAAACUUGUAUUACGCUCGGCACAAUAACGAUUACUUUCCUCCUGGAAUGAAUUUUUCUUUUUGCUCCGCAGUCCUCUGUUUUUUUUUUUCAGACGACAAAACAUGUCGGAUGCCGUGGAGCACUCGUUGGGCUAGUCUAGAACAGCCCAGCAUUUAAAAAGAGAAGUCUCGGUUAAUUAUUCAUUUUACUAUUCACUCAUUCGAUCAAAAUAAAAAUUCAUUUCGCGUUACCCUCGGACUACGGAUUUUAUACAUUUACGACGUACAAAUGCAUACCAGCCAUACAUCAAAUAUAUCCUAACAAUAUUAUUUCAUUUUGCAUAAGUGAGCAUAGCUAUCGGUUAUGUUUUGCAUACGUUUAUUACACAUAUUAAUUGAUAUAAUAAAAAAUGCAUAAAAUCCGCCGACCGGUCAUCAUAAAUGACGCUAAGUUGUUGUAUACUUCCUCGUAGAAUUCUUAGGUCGGUUAAAAGCGCGGAUCGUCAAUAGCCAAUUUACGAUUAACAUAAUCGUCGAUCGUGAAUGCCGAUCGCCGACGCCCAACUCUGCAACGACCUGUGUCGCGAUGUACAUUAUUGCUACGUAUUGUAAAUGUUAACUAACGUCGAACAGCGUGACGCACCGACGCUUCUCUUACUGCUUGUGUUCACGGUUCCUUUGUCGUCCGCGAAACGAUCGGUAGUUGCAAUAGCGUUGGACCUCCCGACGUUCAUUUUCGGCGCCCCCGAAUCAAGGAUGGCCCGUGCGAGUCGGCCCCAAAAGGCGUCGAGUCGUAAUCGUACAAAAAGAGGGAAAAGAAGAAAAAACAAACCGAUACGAUUUCGUCUCGCGUUCGCUAUCGUUUAAACCCCGUGCGCUUUAAACAAAUCGGUUCUUCUCUUCGCACGUGAACCGGGGACUCGCGUCGAUGUCUCCGGUGUUACGAACACGUAUUUAUUUUUAUUCUCGGAUUUACGCUCCCACUUUAUAGUAUUCCGUGUAAUAUACCGCCCCCUGAUCGUAUUUUUUUUUUUUUUUUUUUUUUUUUUGGAUUUUACGCUGCUGUUAUUUCGUUUACGAUUCGUUUUUAAGCGAAACGAGCGUCGCUCCGUGAUAUUACUGUAAUUAUUAUACUCUCAAUCUCUCUUUCUCGGCCCACCCCCGUGACAUCCGUUCAGAGAAAAAAAAAAAAAAUGCAAACAAGCCUUCGACUUUUCGUUUCGGUGCAAUCGGCGUUUGCAUUAGCGAUUCGUUGUGUAUAUAUAGCCGUUAGUAAUUGUUACGUAGGUAAAUGACUGGUGUUGUUCGCGCGUAGCGAGCGGAGGAGAUGUAAUGAACUCUGGGAGCCACCGAUCGAAUAUGACGAACUCGACAAUGACUUUGCAUGUUUCCGCGCGUCCAGGGACAAAGUCGAUCGACCGAUCGAAACCAAUCACCGUGUUAAAUUAUGAUUAACCCGGGACUUUUACUUUAUUUAUUUAUUUCUCGGAGAAAUAAACGGUGUGUGCCUAGAGUAGGUAUGGGUGAAAUGUUUAUCUAGAUAACAAAUUUAUCCGUUGUGGUUCAAGGGGAGAAACCACGAUAGAGAGACGAAUACUAAGUGUUCUUCGUGAUUUCUUUUUUUUUUUUUCUACAGACAAAUUUUCUUAAUCUUUUUUAAACUUUGAGUAUCUUUUGGGUACGUUGUACAAUGCAUUUGGUAAUUUUUUUCAACUCAUUUGUGCCCUCUUAAUUAAGAAUUUUGUCCACCUCCGGGUAGAACUGGAGUCUUAUGAAUGUUUCGACGCGUGACAUUGAAUACGGGACAUUUCAUUGGAGUAGGAUAUUCAAAUUAGAAUAGAAAACGUCUUGCAAAAGUGUCAAGUCAAGGUAUACGUUUUAUUUGAUGGGAAGAAAUACGUAUAUCGAGUCAAUAAACUUAAGUAACAAUCUUACUGUUUAAACUUUAACCUUUGGUCGCGCUUAGCAUAUUUCAAUACAAAGAUGCACAAGCUUGUUUGGUAAUCCUGUGUCUUCACGCAUUGAUUUAAAUCCUAUUACAAUGGUUGAUAAAUUCAUAUUCAUAAGUUGAUAAAUUCAAAUUCAUAUGUUUAUCGAUUCAUACAAUAAUGAAGAUUUAAAUGAUAAUAUAUCUUGCCCUCUAAACAAUGUAACGUGUAUUUUAUACAUUUACUACUACACAGGAACAUGGUGGGGGUAGCUGAUAAAAUAUUACAUUACUAAAGAUUAAAACGAACACAGUUUCCCACAAACAAGCUUGGCAACUUACGUAACGUCUCGAGUCCAUCAAUGAAAGUGGGAGGGGCUAACCUGCUCUAGAAUAUGGUGGGGGUAUCUCGCCGACCUUGAACGGUCACUAAAGCGUUAUUUAGAAACAAACGUGGCCUCCCAAGAGUUCAAAGUGUCUCUCACGCCCGCUACACGUAUCCUUCCCUCCCUUUUCUCCUUCUAAACUCGUCCGUGGUCGGAGAUGGGCAAAAUUCUUAUCAUAUUCUUAUCAAAAAUUAGGGUUUUCAAUUAUCGAAUCAGAUCACGAAUUACGUUCGAUGACUCGUAGUAUGGAAACAAACGACCAUAUUUUUAUCCCCACGCCUGUUAUUCGAAUGAAAUUAUGCCCAUCCUCGACUGUGAACCGUGCCAGCGUACCUAGAAAAAAAGCGCCGCUGAGCAAAGAAAGAAACGUCAGAGCUAGCGUACGGGAAACCGUUCUGUGUAUAUAAUUAUAUAGGUGUGCCUGAAAUUUUUUGAGGGGAGCGGCGAAUACUUCCAGCGACACGAGGCAGUAAAAAUGAUGGAGAAAAAAAAACGGAAAAAAGAAAGGAAGCGAGCGUUACUCUCUCCCUGGAUCCUUGCGACCAGUCCUCGAUUCCACGUAGACAUACGAAAUGACGCAAAACAAACAAACAUACAAAACAAAAAAAACGCCAAAAAAGAAAAGUGUGUGUGAAGCCCUCUAGUAAUCGUGUGCACAAAAUCCGCUUUCGCUCCAAUGAAAGUUUUUUGUUUUUUUUUUUCAUCUCUGAAACUUCCAGACAGUAUUGGUUGCACCUUACCGUGGUGCAACCCUUUCUUGUAAAUGCGCCUCGAAGGGACAUAUACAUCCAGGAGAGUCGAAAAUAAAAUUUGAAAUUUUAUUAAUUAGAAAUUGGUAUCUAAUAUUGGUACGAUAAAGGUUAGACACGUUGAAAUUCGUGGUGGCGUGUCUGUUGAAUCGGAUACCCGCCGUAAUAUUCGAAUAAAAUAACAAAAAGGAGAAGAAAUAAAACCUAUAGUUAUCAACUUUUGCGACGAUUAAAAAAUAGUUAUGUCGAGACGAGGAUCGCUAUGUAUAGAGUUUAUACAUGGAAUUAAAAGAAAUUCUAUUCAGUUUCAUUCGGUAAACGUUUUGGUAGUUCCACACGGAACAUUGCUCGUAAAAGACGUCAUUGGUAACGAAAAAAGAAGAGAAGAACAAUUUUCUUUCUUUUUACCUUCCUACGUGCAUAUGUCCCCGAAGCACAGAGUCCUUCACUUUUCACAAAGGAGCUAGAAAAGUGAUUCUGUAAACAUCCCAGCGCCUUUGUGCUCCUAUCUCGGGUUAACGAAAUCCUUCCCGUUCAAGGUACAAAGCGACUCAUGCCCGAGACCGUGAUUGACGACCCGAGAAAUUCAAAUUAUGUGCGAGAACUUUUCCUUUCUCAGGGUUUCCGUUCGAAAUUCCGGUUUAUUGGACGAGUACGGACGUCCUCGACCUCGACCAUCCGCCUCUCCUCCAACCCCUUACCCCUUUUGGAGGACGUUAACGUUGUGAUAUGUUUACAAUAUUGUAACGAUUUGCUCGUCGUCGCCUCUGCGUAUUAAAAUAAAAUUAAUUAUUAGGUGUAGAAAUUAAUUUCGCGCCUUUGUGUAGAAUUAUUUAUUAACUCUAGGUAGAUUGUCAUAAGGAGAAAUUAUAUGGUGUAAAUAAUUUUGUUGUACGCGAAGCAGCGGUGGAGAUUUGAGGAAGAAAUGAAUCUUUUUAAACGAAACCUUCAGUCCCUAAUUGGAGUUGAAAUCCUUCGUUCGAUCUUUGCAAUGACCAUCAGGUUGAGACUUAAGUUAUGUAUACAAAUACAUUGCAACGGAGAUCAAGUUUUAACGUAGCAAUUAGAGUUAUAAAUUAUUGAGUACAAAGGCACAGAAUUAAUUUCUACGUCUAAUAGAGUCUUUCGGUUUUGGAACUGGCGUCUAGAACGCCCAAGGGGAUUCGGCUCACCCACGACACCCCUAAGCUCCGUGUUCCGUCGUCUUUGUUUCUGAUUUGUAAUCGUUGACGUUUCGUCGGAUCCUUCAUUUUGUGAAAUGGACGCGAAACUACCAUGUGCUGAUAAUAACACUUUGAAAAUCA